AUGGUGGGAUGUUAUGUCCGUCAGUACGCCUCUCCUUCCUCAUCUGAAACCAUCUGGAUUGUUCUUGUGAUGUUGUAUGAAAUGUUUGGAGACCGAGGAAGGGUUAACUGCACUUUUGCUGGUGACAAAUGCUUCCGCAGGGCAGGUUGUGCAGCCACGUACUGGACACUGCAAAAUGUGGCAGUUAUUCCACUAGGAGAAAAUUUUAUUACCUGUAAUGUACAUCCAGGACUUCACAGUGCAGAGCCAUCAAAUAAUUUCCCCAAGAAUGAGGAACUUUCUAAUGACCAAUCACAGAUUAUUAACCCAAGUCCAAAUCUAUCAUAUAAUGAUCCUAAUCAUGAGGAAUCUUCUGACCAAUCACAGAUUAUUACCCCAAAUAUAGGGCAGAAACGGGGAAAAAGGUUUAAUUGUGAGAAACGUGGAAAACAAUUCAGAUCGAAGUCAGAGCUUUCUGUAAACAGAAGUAGUCACACAGGACAGAAGCCGUAUUCAUGUUCAGAAUGUGGAAAAUGUUUUCCCAAGAAGUCAAGCCUUGAUGUACAUAAAAUAAUUCACACAGGAGAGAAACCAUAUUCAUGUUCAGAAUGUGGGAAAUGUUUCACAAAUAAAAAAGGUCUUACUUCACAUUUCAGAAUUCACACAGGAGAGAAGCCAUAUUCAUGUUCAGAAUGUGGGAAAUGCUAUAACCAGAAAUCAAGCUUCGAUCUACAUAAAAGAAUUCACACAGGAGAGAAGCCAUAUUCAUGUUCAGAAUGUGGGAAAUGCUUUAACAAAAAAUCAAGCCUUGAUGUACAUAAAAGAAUUCACACAGGAGUGAAGCCAUAUUCAUGUUCAGAGUGUGGUAAAUGUUUUACAGAUAAAUUCCAUCUGGUUGUACAUCAGAGAAUUCACACAGGAGAGAAGCCAUAUUCAUGUUCAGAAUGUGGGAAAUGCUUUAAACGGAAAUCAAGCCUUGAUGUACAUAAAAUAAUUCACACAGGAGAGAAGCCAUAUUCAUGUUCAGAGUGUGGGAAAUGUUUUCUAGAUAAAUUACGUCUGGUUGUACAUCAAAGAAUUCACACAGGAGAGAAGCCAUAUUCAUGUUCAGAAUGUGGAAAAUGCCUUAACCGGAAAUCAAGCCUUGAUGUACAUAAAAGAAUUCACACAGGAGAGAAGCCAUAUUCAUGUUCAGAGUGUGGGAAAUGCUUUAGCGAGAAAACAAGCCUCAAUCGACAUAAAAGUAUUCACACAGGAGAGAAGCCAUAUUCAUGUUCAGAAUGUGGUAAAUGCUUUAACCGGAAAUCAAGCCUUGAUGUACAUAAAAGAAUUCACACAGGAGAGAAGCCAUAUUCAUGUUCAGAGUGUGGGAAAUGCUUUAGCUGGAAAUUAAGUCUUGAUCAACAUACGAGAAUCCACACAGGAGAGAAGCCGUAUUCAUGUGCAGAAUGUGGAAAAUGUUUUCCCAAGAAGUCAAGGCUUGAUCGACACAAAAGAAUUCACACAGGAGAGAAACCAUAUUCAUGUUCAGAAUGUGGGAAAUGCUUUACUGAGAAAUCAAGCCUUGAUGUACAUAAAAGAAUCCACACAGGAGAGAAGCCAUAUUCAUGUUCAGAAUGUGGGAAAUGUUUCACAGAUAAAAAAGGUCUUACUACACAUCUCAGAAUUCACACAGGAGAAAAGCCAUAUUCAUGUUCAGAAUGUGGGAAAUGCUUUAGCAAGAAAUCAAGCCUCGAUCUACAUAAAAGAAUUCACACAGGAGAGAAGCCAUAUUCAUGUUCAGAAUGUGGGAAAUGCUUUAACCAGAAAUCAAGCCUUGAUGUACAUAAAAGAAUUCACACAGGAGAGAAGCCAUAUUCAUGUUCAGAGUGUGGUAAAUGUUUUACAGAUAAAUUACGUCUGGUUGUACAUCAGAGAAUUCACACAGGAGAGAAACCAUAUUCAUGUUCAGAAUGUGGGAAAUGCUUUAAACUGAAAUCAAGCCUUGAUGUACAUAAAAGAAUUCACACAGGAGAGAAGCCAUAUUCAUGUUCAGAGUGUGGUAAAUGUUUUCUAGAUAAAUUACGUCUGGUUGCACAUCAAAGAAUUCACACAGGAGAGAAGCCAUAUUCAUGUUCAGAAUGUGGAAAAUGCCUUAACCGGAAAUCAAGUCUUGAUGUACAUAAAAGAAUUCACACAGGAGAGAAGCCAUAUUUAUGUUCAGAGUGUGGUAAAUGCUUUAACCAGAAAUCAAGCCUUGAUAUACAUAAAAGAAUUCACAUAGGAGAAAAGCCAUAUUCAUGUUCAGAGUGUGGUAAAUGCUUUAACCGGAAAUCAAGCCUUGAUGUACAUAAAAGAAUUCACACAGGAGAGAAGCAAUAUUCAUGUUCAGAGUGUGGGAAAUGCUUUAACUGGAAAUUAAGUCUUGAUCAACAUAAGAGAAUCCACAUAGGAGAGAAGACAUGUUGAUGUUUUUUGUCAGAAUAAUGUUUUACAAAGAAAUUAGUCUUUCAAACUUGCAGACUUGUGUGUUCAUUUUACCUCAUUGUGCCAAUAUUGUAUGCGAGUGAGCAACAGAAGUCAUACUCACAAGUCACUGGUAAAAAACCUUUUGUUUCUUUUAUUUCUUUUUACUUCACAUCAAUAUAAAAUGGUAUAUCAUGAGGGAUGCUGAGACAGACAUCGUUCAUACCUCCUCCCCUCCACGCUAUGUUUCGGGAGAACACGCCCCCUUACUCAUGAGUGCAGGUAGAGGGGGAGGUGGGA